AAUAAAUGAUUCCCUCUCUCCCACAUCCCUCGCCCGCAUUGACUAAGCUAGGCUGAGCUUGAAGCUCGUUUCUUGUUUCAUUUCUCUCCCAUUAAUUCCAACGUCAGCGUCCUUACAUGGCCCUCUUCUAUUCGCUUCUUCUUAAUAACGGCGCCGUCAAAUUCCCCGUUUCGACCCUCCCCCGUCUCUGUUAGCAGAGUCUGGACCACCACCGCCACUAACAAAAACCUACUGCACAAUCCAAACCCUCCCUUCAUGAUCACAAUUUCCUAGUCUCGCCACACGACCCCGCACGCAUAUUCAUCUUGAUCUCCCCUCGUCUCAUCCCCUAUUUUACACCAGCCAGAUCACGAAAGCGUAACCAUUCAAAGACAUGACGAGGAAGUGCCCAAAAGUUGCCCACCUUAACGCUGUAAUGGAGAUGGCUCGAGUGGGUAUGAUCACUGGCUCUCGGGCUGCGUUAGCUGUUGGAGCUGCAGCUUCGUCUGCAAUGACGCGCAAGAGGAGGAAGCUUAGCAGCGACGAACAGCUCAAAUUUUCUGCAGGAUCGUCCUUUCUUCAGCCCAACAGUAGGGGACCGGUCGUUACUCCAUCAGAAACAACGCUAUUGCCGCCGGCGGAGUCAGAGGCACGAUGCAGCAGCCUCCACACCAAUGAAUUCCAGGACUCUUGUUGUUCCAGCAACGGAUCCACUGAGCAAGACGAAGGGAGCAUCAGUUUCUUAGAUCUGGAGGUAGAGAGCGCUCAAGUUGAAACGUCGACGUGUAAUUGCAGCGGCGGCGACGAAAGGAGAGACAUGAGCCUUACGAGCGAGCUCCGAACCCAAUCGGAAGGCAUGGAGUCGGCGGCGAAACCGAAGGAGAAGCUCAUAACGGAGGUGAAUUCCCAUCGUAAAUCCACGGGGAAAAAAAGACCAACAGAAUUGGAGCUGGAAGAAUUCUUCGGUGCCGCCGAGAAAGAUAUUCAAAAACAGUUUGCGGAGAAGUAUAAUUAUGAUGUCGUGAACGACGUGCCCCUGGAAGGACGCUACGAGUGGGUUAAGUUAAAGCCAUAAACAAUCUCUUCUCCCCAGCCAUCAACAAAGAAGAUAACGAUCCAAUCAUGCCACUAUCUGACAUUAUUCUUACGUUUAGUUUAGGUAUUUCAAUUCCUCUUUUGUUUGAUGUACAGAUUGCUUUAUCGUCAGGGACUAGUAGAAUUCUCCUACUUUUGCUCUUUGUACGGGUUAUACGGAGAAGCAAGGUUGCUUAGAAUUGUAAAUUCCCAUGGUGAAGAACAGAGGGUUUGAAUAACAGAAUUCUAGCGUUCAUUUUUCCUUAA